UUCCGGCAGACCACAUGCUUCUUCCGCUCGGAGGCGGACUGGGAGGCCGGCCCGGUGACCUUCAGGCUCCCUGUAGACCGGGUCAGUCAGGGCGCCCGCUUUGUCACCGUGCCCCUGGGCGACCGCAUGGCCAGUGCCAUCAAAUGCCGUUUCACCUUCAAUGAGGCGUGGAUGCUGUUCAGUGAGGUGGCCUUCCAGUCUGGCACUUCUGUGUAUAACACAUCCCUCACCCCUCGUAAACGUGGCCACCCCACCAAUAUUUUACCAGGGGAUGACCCCACCCACAAAGUGGAUGACAGCAAUACAAGGAUUCUGAUUGGCUGCCUAGUGGCCAUCAUUGCCAUCUUGUUAGCCAUCAUAGUCAUCAUUCUGUGGCGUCAGGUUUGGCAGAAGUUGCUGGAAAAGGCGUCCCGGCGGAUGCUGGACGACGAGCUGAGCGCUCGCCUGGCUGUGCAGACCCAGGCCUUUUCCUUCAACCACUCCCUGUCCAGCGACAGUGGCUCCAACUCCACCUCCACCUACGAGAGGAUCUUCCCCCUCUGCUCCGACUACCAGGAGCCGUCACGCCUCAUCCGCAAGCUGCCAGAGUUUGCGCAGUCCACUGAGGACCUGGCGGGGAGCAGCGCCCCCUCCAGGCUCACCCAGACCAGCAGCUCGGACGGGGCUCCUCACUACGCGGAGGCCGACAUCGUCAGCCUGCAGGAGGCCACCGGCAGCCCCCCCUGCUCCAUCACCUCGGUCCGCCUCAGCCUGCUCGCCGGGAGAGACGCCGCCAUGAGGGAGUUCCCUCGGGACAAGCUCACCUUCAAGGAGAAGCUGGGAGAGGGCCAGUUCGGAGAGGUUCACCUCUGUGAGGCCCAGGGCAUGCUGGACUUUGUGGAAGAAAAUCUGCCUGUGGAGGGCAGUGGUAAAUCAGCCGUACUGGUGGCUGUGAAGACACUGAGAGAAGACGCGAACAAGAACGCAAGGAAUGACUUCCUGAAGGAGAUCCGGAUCAUGUCUCGUCUGAGGGACCCCAACAUCGUGCGCCUGCUGGCGGUGUGUGUGGAGAGCGACCCCCUCUGCAUGAUCACAGAGUACAUGGAGAACGGAGACCUGAACCAGUUCCUGUCCGGCCUUCAGCUGGAAGAGGAGGAGCUGCUGGAGGGGAAGAAAGAAGGAGGACUGGAGAAGCAGUCAGGAGACAGAGCCACUGUCAGCUACAGUAACCUGAUCCGCAUGGCCACACAGAUCUGCUCUGGGAUGAAGUACUUAUCCUCCCUCAACUUUGUUCACCGUGACCUGGCGACCCGCAACUGUCUGGUAGGAAAGAGUUACACCAUCAAGAUUGCUGACUUUGGCAUGAGCAGGAACCUGUACCGCGGUGACUACUACCGUAUCCAGGGCAGGGCGGUGCUGCCUAUUCGCUGGAUGUCCUGGGAGAGCAUCCUAUUGGGUAAAUUCACGAUGGCCAGUGAUGUGUGGGCGUUUGGAGUGACCCUGUGGGAGAUCCUCACCCUGUGUAAGGAGCAGCCCUACUCCCACCUGUCUGAUGAGCAGGUCAUUGAGAACACCGGAGAGUUCUUCAGGGACCAGAGCAAGCAGGUGUACCUGCCGAAGCCCAGGUGUUGUCCUGACGAGGUCUACAACUCGCUCAUGCUGGGCUGCUGGAGGAGAAACGCCAAGCAGAGGCCCACCUUCCAGGAGAUCCACAGCCAGCUAGUGGAGGACCAGCCAUAGCUGCUGACACGCAGAAAAACACAUCCGGGACUGUGCAGCCUAUUGACAGGGAUUUCUCAUCCGCUUUACUUUUGACCCACAGUGGCAGUCUCUGAGUAUUCCUUUCUAUUCCAUUAUUUGUUUGUCUUGCCUUUUCAUUUUCAUGUCUCACCCCUCUCUCGUCUACAUUAAUUAUACCUGAUCAUUAAAAAGAUGGACCAGGAAAAUGAUUAGUUUGAACUAUUAUAUAUUUGAUGCCAUUUUAACAAAGGAGACAAUGACAGGGAGUGCACCUGGAAAUUGUAUUUUUCUAGCAUUUGUAUAAGAGAUUUUGUAUAAAUUUCGAGAUUUUCAUUGUACGGAAUGCAUUUUUGGUUAACUAAAUAUAUGAUGUAAAUAAAGUCUACUGCAAAUAAAGCUGUAUUU